GGGCGCUGUGCGAGGAGCUGUGAUCAGCUUUGGAGGCAGUGCCGGUGUCAGAGACAGACUGAAGGCUCGCAGUCAGCGGCAGAGGGAGAGGGAGAGAGAGAGAGAGCAGAGGGGGCAGCCGCAGCGACAGGCAGAUGGAGACAGAGACUGAGAACAAGCAGGGGCCCAGGUACCCGCGGCUCGGGCUCGGGCUCGGGCUCGGGGAGAGCGCCUUUUCUGAGGAUGUCGGAAAGAGCAAAUUCAAGACAACUGAAGAUAUCACUUUCUACAGGAGGCAGCAGCGGCUGGCUGGCGGGCAGUACGGGCGGCGCUGGGCACCAUGCAGGUGGCCGAGGGCACAGCCAGCUUCCAGCUGCACAGCCAAAAGCCACAGCCGCCGCUCCUGGUGCAGUUGUGGGCAGCUCAGGGGCCUGUGAUCAGGAUCAAAAUUACCGAGCUACAGCCAAUCAAAGCAAGAUACGAGGUACCUGAUGUGAUUAUUGCGGAGCCCGUCAUGCAGAGGCUGUGGGUGGAGUCUGUGACUGACGCGUGUGUGAUGCUGGCGGUGGCGGAGGGUGAGACACGGCUCCGGAUUGUGGCUCAGCCGUUCAUACUGGAGGUUCUGCGGGCGGGGCACGGGCCUGGGGCAGAGGCCAACGAGGGUCCUCUCAGCGUGAACGCCCGCGGCCUGCUCUACUUCGAACAUCUCCGGCUCAGGCCUGAGCCAUGCUCGCAGAGCGCAGCACAGACAAACAGUGAGAGUGGCUGGCAGGAGGAGGAUGAGAAGGAAUUGUGGGAGGAGAAAUUCGGGGAAUUUACAGACAUAAAAACCGAUGGGCCCUGCUCGGUUGGAUUGGAUUUCUCUCUUCACGGUUACCAUCACGUAUACGGGAUUCCCCAGCACACGGGCCACCUGCCUCUGGACAACACCAGCCAGGGGGAGCCUUACCGCCUGUAUAACCUGGACGUGUUUGCCUGUGAGCUGCACAGCAGGAUGGGGCUGUAUGGCUCGGUGCCUCUCCUCCUCGCUCACAAACCUCACAGCAGCCUUGGCCUGCUUUGGCUCAACGCCUCCGACACACUGAUCCACAUCAGCCCCCAGCCCCAGGAGGGGCAACAGGCUGGAGCGCAGGCUGUGAAGCCUGGCACUGAUGCGCGUUGGAUGUCUGAGAGUGGAGUCAUCGAUGUGUACAUGCUGUUGGGACCCACAGCGGGGGAGGUGUGUGCGCAGUAUGCCAGGCUGACAGGUUUCCCUAUGUUGCCGCCGCUCUUCGCGCUGGGCUAUCACCAGAGCCGGUGGAAUUACCGCGACGAGGAGGAGGUGGAGAAGGUGGACGCCGGCUUCGACGCUCACCACAUUCCCUACGAUGCCAUCUGGCUGGACAUCGAGCACACAGCGGGCAGGCGCUACCUCACCUGGGAUCCCCUGACCUUCCCCACGCCACAGCGGCUACAGCAACACCUGCGGUGCCAGAAGCGCAAGCUGGUGGUGAUCAGUGACCCUCACAUUAAGGUGGACAGUGAGUACCCGCUGUACUCUCAGGCCAACGCCAACGGCUACUUCGUGAAGGACAACAAGGGUUGCGAGUACCAGGGCCUGUGCUGGCCAGGUCUGUCCGCGUAUCUGGAUUUCACGAACCCCGCCGUGCGGGACUGGUACGCCAGCAAACACGCCCUGGACCAGUACCAGGGAUCCACGGAUAUCCUCUUUGUGUGGAAUGACAUGAACGAACCCUCGGUGUUCAGCGGGCCGGAGCUCACCAUACCCAGAGACGCCGUGCACUGGGGCAGCUGGCAACACCGGCACCUCCACAACCUGUACGGCUUCUACCAGCACUGGGCCACGGCUGAGGGGCUGCUGCGCCGGUCGGGAGGAGCUGAGCGUCCCUUCGUGCUGACAAGGUCAUUCUUUGCCGGAUCCCAGAGGUUUGGAGCGGUGUGGACGGGCGACAAUGUAGCUGACUGGAGCUACCUGAAGAUCUCCAUCCCCAUGUUACUGUGUCUCAGCAUCACUGGCCUCUCUUUGUGUGGAGCGGAUGUGGGAGGGUUUAUUGGGAACCCGGAUUGGGAGCUGCUGGUGCGCUGGUACCAGGCAGCGGCAUUCCAGCCCUUUUUCCGGGGACAUUCCCACAUCCGCAUGGAGCGGCGCGAGCCCUGGCUGUUCGGGGAUACAGCGACGGCACUGAUCAGGAAUGCCAUCCACCUGCGCUACAGCCUGCUGCCGUACUGGUACUCACUGUUCUACAUUGCCCACACCACAGCACAGCCUGUCAUCAGGCCUCUGUGGAUGGAGUUUCCGGGGGAGACAAACACCUUCCUGAUUGAUGACACGUACAUGCUGGGUGAGGCUCUGCUUGUUCACCCCAUUACUGACCGAGCGCUGGCGGACGUGGAGUUGCUCUUACCUGGUGACGGUGAGGUUUGGUACCAACUCAGCACCAACCAGCGCUUCCCGGGGGCGUACAAACUGCGUCUGCCUGUCACCAUAGAGACAGUGCCAGUGUUCCAGCGAGGAGGAACAAUCAUUCCAAGGAAAAUCUGUAUCGGGAGAUCAACCGAAGAGCUUUGGACCUCACCCUAUGCCCUGUAUGUGGCCCUCGACACACAGGGCUCGGCGAGGGGCCAGCUGUAUGUUGAUGACGGUCACUCGUUUGCCUACCGCAACCAGCAACAAUAUUGUCACCGCAGCUUCACCUAUCUCACCGGCUCCGCCAGCAGCUCGCUCACUGCAAGGUGUGCGGACACGCGGGGUGACUUCUACUGUGGCUGUGCUGUGGAGGUUGUGGUUAUUGUGGGUGUAGCCCAGCCUUACUCUGUGACGGCCAACAUCCCAGAUGGUCCCACGAACUCGGUCAAUUUUACCUACGAGCUUCUGACUUCCUUCUUAACCAUCAGCAACUUAGCCCUUCCCUCCGGCAGCGACUGGUCCCUCAGCCUCCAUCACUGAGCCCCGCCGAUACCUCACACCCUCCGCUCAUUCGCACUCACUGCUCAGUCGUACUCACCGCUCUGUCACACCCAUCACUCCACUUACACGCACUGCGGAACAAACAGCACGUGCAUCUGCAACACAGCGCACACGCCGCGGCACGCUUACUCCUUGGCAUUGAACACCCCCAGUCUCAGAUCGGCUCGCUCCACACACAACCCCUCCUCCCACUCCCCCCCC